CUACUUAAUAUUUUUCCACGUCUUAUUUUUGAUGUUUUUGUGGUCUUACUGGCAGACGAUAAUUACGGAUUUAGUCAAAGUCCCAGAUAAGUUCAAACUGCCAUCUCUAGAAUUGGAAAAAUUACAUCAAGCGGAGAGUGAAGAUUCUCACAGACAAAUUUUAGAAAGAUUUGCUCAAGACUUACCAGUGACAAAUCGAACGAUCAAAGGGGAAAUACGUUAUUGUGAACAAUGUCAAAUAGUAAAACCCGACAGAGCACAUCAUUGCAGUGUUUGCCGUACGUGUGUUCUCAAAAUGGAUCACCAUUGCCCCUGGGUGAAUAAUUGCGUAGGCUUCCACAAUUACAAGUUCUUCAUGUUAUUUUUGGCCUAUGCCCUUCUCUACUGUAUUUUUGUUGUUGCGACGUCAUUGCAAUAUUUUAUUAUGUUUUGGAAGGGUGAAUUAGAAGGAAUGGAUAAAUUUCACCUACUCUUCUUAUUUUUUGUCGCAUUUAUGUUUGCCAUCAGUCUUAAUUCACUCUUCUUCUACCAUUGCUACCUCAUUUGGCACAACAGGUCAACACUAGAGGCAUUUCGACCGCCUAUGUUCCGUACUGGAAAAGACAAAGAUGGUUUCAGUCUUGGAAAGUACAAUAACUUUCAAGAAGUCUUCGGUGACAAUACUCGAUUAUGGUUCCUGCCCGUUUUCACUAGUCUUGGAAACGGAGUCGUCUUUCCAGUAAGAUCGCAGCACCAAGGUGUUUCCAAUUCAUACAACUCGAUGGGCAGUACUCAGAACAGCACUGCUGUCGUAGGUCCACAAGUGGACGUACAGGAACCCCUCGUCGAUCCUACCAGCAUAGUCUGACUUGGAGCCGCGGUGCCGAGGUAUUGCCAAGAGCCACAACCUCGUGCCUCGUCGAUGAUGAGAGGAGCCAAUGUCCGCAUUUCUCCUUCCCUAUGUGGCUCGUGCCGCACCUCUAGGAGCAAUAGAAAUUUGUAUUCUCUAUGUCCUUUUCUGCCUUUCGCUUAUCCCUCUCUUAACGUCAAUGUAAGUAUGUCGUGAACGUAGUAUCGAGCGACCGCCGAGAACAAUUAAUUAUGAUUCGUAAGAACAAAGUCAAUGUUUGCUCUAUUCGAAGCGAUCGCCUCUUUUCCUUUUAAAACAAGAGCUUUUACGGAUCUUUAAUGAGAUUAGAAUCGCGCGCGGUGACCUCUUGACCAGAGGGAGGGAGAGAGAGAGAGAGAGAGAGAGAGAGAGAGAGAAUAUUAUUGUGACGACAGAACAAAGUAGAACAACGACAGAUAGAGGCAGCAUUUUCCGAGUGGUUUCAUGCAGUUUCAAAUGAGAGAAAAGCUUGAAUGAAACGUUGGAAAUUAAUUUUAUUUUAUAAUUUUGAUUGCGUAGUUAUUGUCUUUUAUACUGCUAUGUGAAAAAUAGUUGAGUUGUGAUCAAUAAUUUUACGACUGGAACAGAUUCAUUAUCUAAAAUUAUUGUUUAGGCAAUAAUGCUAAAUAUAGUCUUAUACUACAG